GCCCAACUUGUGUGUCUCAACGCAGAGGCUCAGAACAUCCCAAGAUGGUGGGCGUCAUCCGCCGCAUGAAUAAGCUCAAUGCACAGCUGGUCAGGAUAAGAAAUGGCCCGGGAGCGGCAGUCCUUCCGCAGGACGUAACGCGGAUACAUAUGGAGUUUGCUCACAAGUUCAACAACGGACACAUGGGACCAAGGAAAUUUUGGCAAGAUGCUCUCCCACGACUAAAGUACUGGAACCCGGCGGUGCCCAUGGUGGUCAACCGAACGCACGAUCAAGAGGGGCCCGCGACGCUGACGCUCUACUUCCGCGAACCCGGCGCGACACUCAAAUCAGACGUCCCGCAGCCUGGCUCAUCAACAGACGGGUUUGCCAAAGCGCCCACGCCGGCCGAGGGCGAGCGCGCCGUCACCAUCGACAUGAAGAACAGGCGGUCCGAGGCCAUACUCAAGGAGUUUAUGGACAAGAGCGGCGCGGUGCCGGUGAAGCCCACCGCGCAGGACGAGCUCUUGAUGCGUGAGGUUGAGGAGCGGGAGGUGCAGAGCCGUAUCGACUAUGAGCGGAUCAGGAAGUUGAACGAGGAGGCGAAGAGGGAGAAGGCGAUGCUUGCGCAGGCGCAAUCUGAGGCCGCGGCUAUCAGGGGCGAGUCAUAAGAGGCCAGGUUAACGCAGCGGGUGAGUGGGUGUUUUGCUGAGAGGCAGAGGAGUUUUGCGUGUAUAUCAUUUGUAAAUUACUGCCCCUGCGUCAAGGGCAUGAGCCUGUAUGAAGGUUCUGCACGGCGGAGAUAGACAUUGUCUGCACUCGGAAAGGCACAUCGGGCUACUGUACAUGGACAAGUUACGGAAUGUACCAGAACAGCGCGGUGUCAUGACGGCGUGGUGAUGCGUUCGGACUGGCUCGGAGAGAUAGUUCAAGGGUGAACGGCGAUUCAGGUCAAGUGUUGCUACGGACACACCCCCCACCCCCAAUAAUCGACAAGAGGGCGGUUGAUUCAACUCUCUUCUUGACUAAACACAU